GAAUACUGUCUGAGGUGGCAAGAUGGCAGUUCUGGGACGGACAGUUUCGAGGUAGCUUAAUUUUUUGCCGGUAAAGUGGGCGAUCAUGGAAGGCAUACUCACUGACAAGCUCUUACAAGAGCCAGCGGUUAACCUGUGCUUCCCCAAAGAUGUUUUCAUGCGUGAGAACUUCUCCGUGGAUACGUUUGUCAGCGAGCACAGAAAGCGUGCCAGCUUAGAGAAGCUACGCGACGAUCUCGGCAUACACCUCAAGUUUCUGCGAUCGUCGAUGAUCAAGCUCAUCAACAAGGAUUACGCGGACUUCGUCAACUUGUCAGCAAAUCUGGUUGGACUGGACAAAUUCAUCAGGAACAUCUCCAAGCCGCUCGAAGACCUGAAGCAAGAAGUGAACGAAGCCAACGCCGCGUUCGAAGCAGCGCUGACGCAAGCGAGGACAGAACUUGCUGCCCGACGAGCUGUUCAAGAAAAAAAGGCUUUAUUGCAGCAGGCGAUAGCUGUCUCCAAGAGUGUAGACAAGAUUGAGCGUCUUCUACCAUCUCCAGAUCACAUGGACAGGUGGACCAAUGAGCAAGUGGAGCAGGUGGCCAUAGAAGUGAACCAGGUCCUCUUCUACCUCAGCAAAUGCAAGCAGGUCAAGCUGGCUGGAGCGCUGGCCGAGAGGGUGAAUGCAGUGACUGAGCUGCUUCAGAGGCACCUGGAGGACAGCUUCCUACGUGGCCUCAAGAUAGAUAGCCAGCCUGAGCUCAGCUCUGUGCUGAGGAUUUGUGCCACGCUCGAUCGAGUGGAGGCCGUGGAGGAGCUCUUCCGCAAGCGCGUUGUUGCGCCUGCCCUAGAUGAGAUGGUUACAGAUAAAGUGGUUCAGGAGGUUGGCCUGGAUGGCAUCUACAACCAGGUCAUGAUGUUUCUCAGCACCAGGUGCCAAACGCUUCUAGACCUCACCCUCGGAGCUGCCAGUGUUGCAGAGUCGAAUGCAAGCGGGUACGCGUUCCUGGAGAGGGCGAUAUUGCCAGAGCUGGUCUCGAUGCUGGAAGAGCGGCUGCCAUGGGUGUUCAACGCGGGCGACCCCAAUUCCUUCCAGCAGCGUUUCUCGGCCAGCCUGGCAUUCCUUGAGCGCCUCGAACGCCUCUGCUACAAUGUCUCUCAGGUGGAGAGCCUGCGGGCCCAGCCAUGCUACGUGCAUUUCAUGUCCAAGUGGAACCUCGCAAUCUACUUCCAGAUAAGAUUUCAAGAGAUAGCCUGCCAGCUGGAAGCUGCCAUAAUUCAACCCUCACAGCGUAGCAAAGGUGACGAGUUCUUGCUUCUGUGUCACGAGACACUUUGGGAUGCACUGCGCCGCUGCUGGGAUGAGGACGUCUUUCUCCCACCUCUGUCGCACCGGUUUUGGAAGCUGACCCUGCAGCUUUUAGCUCGGCACCGGGGCUGGCUGCACCAGUAUGCCACCCGGUCGGGGGUCGGAGAGGAAGCGACUUCAGGGCCUGAGGCUGGAGACAGUGAAGAUGGUGGGAGCUGCGACGCAUCAAUUGACCUUGCAAACCCACAGGGCCCUGUCCUUUUUGUGAUGCUUCACUGCGAUGUCCAGAAUGUUGCCUCUAAGUUGGCAUCUCUCCUUACUGACACAGUCCAGCCAAGACUGCAGCAGACUGGCUUCACAGAAUUUCAGCUUCUGAAAGAGGGCUUGGAUGAGUGUUCUCAGCUUCUUGUGAACCUGGGUCCCAGCAUUUCUGCCCGCCUGGUAUCUGACGUCACCAAGGCCUGCUGUGUCCAGCUCAAAAUGGUGCCCGACAUUCCACGCCUCUACCGUAGGACAAAUCGAGAGGUACCAUCAAAGCCAUCCAGCUAUGUCCAGCAGAUCCUUUUGCCGCUAGCAACCUUAAAGGACCAGAGCAGCCAGAAUCCAAAUCUGAAUUGGGACAUUGAUUGGACUGUGUCGGUGCUUGAAGAGGUCACGAAACAGUACAUGACGGUGACCAAGGACGUACUUGUGUCGGUAAAGAAAAUGGAAGACAGCUUGAAGAGACUGAAGCGAGCUCGUGACAGAACACCACUGCCAGAAGGGGCUGCCUCAGAUGACGACAAGAUCCGCCUCCAGCUCUACAUCGAUGUCGAGCAUUUUGGUGUCAAGAUGGAGGAACUCGGGACCCCAAAAUCAAAAGUUCCAAGCUACGGAGCACUUGUGGAUAUAGUGGAAGCAGCAAGAAGUUCCCCGGGCUUGUGACAGCCAUGAAUUGAAAAUCCGGUGCCUUGCCGCUGGAGCAACUGCCAGUAGGCAACAAUAACAAUUCAGGGUGACUUUCCUAGAAAGGCUUGUAAAUAGUACUGAUUGAUGGGGCUGUACAUACAUCUCUGUAAUAUACUGUGGCUGGCAUGCUGCUGAGCAGCUUUCUUUCUUUCUUU